AUGGAGGUGUUCGACGAAGUGCACUUCGUGCGGCUCCGGUGCCGGGUGCGGCGGACCAUGUACCUGGCGGCGGACGACGACGGGCACGGCGUGUGCCUGUCCAGCCAGCGCGGCGCGCACAACACGGUGUGGGCGGUGCAGGCCAUGGAGGGCGCGGUGGAGGGCGCCGAGGGCGGGCCCUUCGUCCUCCUCCGCGGCGCCUAUGGCCGCUACCUCUUCGCCACGGAUGUGCAGGCCGCCACGGGGCCCGGCCACGGCGUCCAGGCCGCGCAGCAGGCCCGGCCGCACCCGAACACGCCGAGGUGCAUGCUCUGGCAGGCCAUCCGGCGGCAGGGCUCCUUCGUGAUCCGCAGCGCCGGGGGCCGGUACCUCCGCGCCAACGGCAAGUACGUCCGGUGGCGCACGGCCAUCACCGUCGCCGGGGACGACGCCAGCGCCAUGCUGCAGUGGGACGUCGAGGUCGUGCCCCUUCGCCUGGACCGCCCUACCCUCCUCGAUCCACCGCCACAGCCGAUGCGGAGGCGGCGCCGCCCGCCGAUGGAGGAGGAGGUGGCGCGGCAGGUCCGGUACAUCCGCGCCGGCGUGGACGGGGACAUAGACGAGACAGGGUGGCGGACGGUGCGGAUCAGCACCAACAGCCUCAUGCAGCUGCGGCUGACGCUGGCUAACCUGCUGGGCCAGAACCGGUCGGCGCUCCACACCACGCUCUGCGUCCGCGCCGGCGCCUACGCCGACCUCUCCCCUCUCCUCAUCGACCUGCCCAUCGGCAACGACCGCCUCGACAUCGUCGUCAUCACCCACGGCACACCAGUGGACAACACGUUGCUGUACCCAAACGUCAAUGCGCGGAAUUGA